AUGCCAUCCUUUGGAACGAUCGAGGGUUUCCGUCUAUCCGCGCUCAACCGCAAUUUACUUGCGGAUUUUGAUGCAUGCGAUAACAAACCGCACUCGCAUAAUGAACUGAUGAAAGUUUACCUAAGAAUCAAACCACUCAAAACGGUUUCGGAGAUUCGUGGCUUUCUCGAGGGCCUUAAUGGUCUAAUUUUUGCAUAUGGGACUACCAGCUCUGGGAAAACAUACACUCUCCAAGGUUCUUUGGGGGAUUUGGGCAUGAUCCCGCGUGCAUUCUCCAUGAUUUUCUCCUCUCUUCAACAUACGUCAAACGUGUCCCUCUUCCCGAAGGACUAUUCUGACGUUGCUCCACUCAGUGCUGUUGAAGUGGAAAAGAUCAUGAAAGAAAAGGCAACGUUGAUCCGACUUGCGGGCACCAUGAGUGAGUCACAUGCCUCAGAAAAGUCUCAGGAUUUGCUCACCAGAAAAGACGAAUUACCUGCAGAAUUUACGCCGAUGAUACCAGCAAACGAUUUCGUGCGGCCACAAUAUACAAGUGAAUUACGGUUCACAUUUUGGAUCAGUUUCGCUGAAAUUUACAAUGAAUUAAUAUUUGAUCUGUUGGAUCCAACUCAGUGUUUGUCGGCAUCCAAUCUUUUACAACCACCAGCAGUUUCACGCGGAGGUGCAACAGUAGGGACACAAAGAAAUAUUUUUAGUACCACAACGCAGCCCAUGGGAUCUUUCGACUGUUCAAAUCGGCUUCGAAAGAAACCAUUGGAACUCCGAACUGACAAAAACGGCAAUAUUUUUAUUAAAGGUCUGCGUUGGUUUCCUGUCAACUCACCAGAAGAAGCUUUCCGUCUAAUAACUGUUGGCAAACAAUGUCAGAAGGUUGCUGCAACGCGGCUUAAUCAAUCCAGCUCGCGUUCUCAUAGCAUUUUGACCAUCAAGGCUGUUCGGGUUGUGGAUAAAGAGAAUCCGCGGUUUGCACGCAUCAGCAGUUUAACUUUUUGCGAUCUGGCCGGUAGUGAAAGAACCGAGAAGGCAGCAACUGGUGGUCAAGCUUUGAGAAUGCGCGAGGCUGCUAACAUCAAUACCAGUUUACUUACACUGGGACGAUGCAUUGAUUGUUUGCGCUACAAUCAAGCUCAUCCUGAAAAUCCCAAGCUAGUGCCGUAUCGAGAUUCCAAACUGACGCGGCUGUUUCAGGGCUUUUUUACCGGUCGCGGUAAAGCUUGCAUGAUAGUCAAUGCCUCUCCGAGUCCGGAUUUAUUUGACGAGACGCUGCACGCGCUGCGGUUUUCCGCCUUGGCCAAGCAGAUUGUGGUUCAAACAAAUGCCAUUUUAGAAACGGCCAUUGUCGAUCCGGCCCAAAAGGUCCAACCAUCGGGACGUCAGUUACCCAAACCUGCGGUCACUCGACGUGAGAAACCUACGGAUAACCAACCGGUUUUACGAACACCUGAUACUAUUGUUCCGAACAAAAAUUCCAAACCCGUUGUCGCUGAGGCUUCGGCAAAUUGGGAUGAGGAAGAGCUGUCCUCCACUCUCGUGGAAGGUCUUCCAUUUGGUCUUGACGGUGGGGAAGCUGAAGCGUCGUUUGAUCCGGAACUCAUGUUUAUGGUGCGAGAGCUCUCCGAGCAGUUGUUUGAGGCCAAGGGUGAAUUGGUGGAACAAGAAGCACGUCUGCGUCAAGAAAUGUGCGAGGCUCUCAACCGUCAACUGGUCGAGUUUGAACAGCUCUAUGAGGAUUCUUGGAACGCUCAGGAGAAAUUGAUGAUGGAAAAAUCCAAUAAACGUUUGCAGUACUAUGCGGAAUUGGCGAGUAAACGAUCCGGUAUGGGUAAACGGCGCCGAUUCGACGAUUCGGACGUAAGCAGCGAGGAUGAAUUGUCGGUGAAUGAAGGCGUGUCGUUCGAGGAAAAUGAAUUGACCCCCAAAGACUCUGGAUUUCCGUCGUCCACUAUAGCGCCCGUUGUCUCAACAGAUGAUAGUCACCAUCUGUUACUAACGCAUAACCCUUCCAAAGAGCUCAGUGAUGCUCGGGAUCGCAUUCAUGAGCUAGAAGGUGAAUUAGCGGAUCAGCGUGAUGCGAUCGAGAAUUUGUCUAAAGAACGUGAUCAAUUGCGUAUGGAAAUGACGCGUCUGGAGUUCACCGGCACGCAACUGCAAAAACAGCUGGAAUCUAUGCAAGCAGUGGAAAAUUCCAAGGCGUCCCGUACCAAUAUCGCUGUACAGACCGAGACCCUUAAGUUCGUUUGUGCUCACGUGUUUCAGUCUUGA